AUGCGCGCAAUCAGCCCGGUCUCGCUGAUCAGCGCCGUAACCACCUUGGUUACCUUACUCCUGGUGCUAUCGCCAUCACAGACGUUGGCCUCUCCCGUCUCAUCGGUCAAGAGGGCCUCGUCUUCAUCCUACUGGCUGGCGAACAUCCAGCGUCAAGGUUCUGUGGCAUUCGGUAGCGACUCAUCCUACGCCGUCUACCGCAAUGUAAUGGACUAUGGCGCCAAAGGUGAUGGCUCUACAGACGAUACAGCAGCAAUCAACGCAGCAAUUUCUGCCGGCAGUCGUUGCGGUUGGGGCUGUGAUAGCAGCACAGUCACCCCUGCUCUCGUCUACUUCCCUCCUGGUACUUACAUGGUUUCUCAGCCUAUUGUCAUGUUGUACUACACUCAGCUCGUUGGAGACGCGCUCAACCUGCCCACUCUGAAGGCUACUGCUGGUUUCCAAGGCAUGGCUGUUCUGGACUCUGAUCCUUACGACAGCAGCGGUGCAAACAUGUUCACAAACCAGAACAACUUCUUCCGUCAAGUCCGCAACUUCAAGAUCGACUUGACUGGCAUGCCUCAGACAGCUGGUGCAGGUAUUCAUUGGCAAGUCGCUCAAGCAACCUCGCUCCAGAACAUUGUCUUCAACAUGAUUCCUGGCUCUGCUUCCAAGCAAGUCGGUAUCUUCAUGGACAAUGGUUCUGGUGGUUUCAUGAGCGAUCUCGUCUUCAACGGCGGCAACUACGGAGCUUUCUUGGGCAACCAGCAGUUCACCUCGCGUAACUGGACCUUCAACAACUGUAACACUGCCAUCUUCAUGAACUGGAACUGGGCAUGGACCUUGAAGUCGGUCUCGAUCAACAACUGUGGUGUCGGUCUUGAUAUCUCCAACGGUGGCUCUACCAACAUCCUGAUUGGCUCUGUCAUCCUCAUGGACUCCAAGUUGACUAACACUCCGAUCGGUGUCAAGACUUCGUUCACGUCCAACAGCGCCCCUGCCACUGCCGGUACUCUCAUCAUCGACAAUGUUGACUUCUCUGGCUCGCCUAUUGCUGUUGCUGCUGCUGAUGGUAGCUCAAUCCUCGCCGGUAGCAAGGUUGUUGCAUCAUGGGGUGAGGGACGCCAAUACUCCGGUUCUUCUGGUUCACGUGUUCAAGGAUCUCUUGCUGCUCCUUCCAAGCCUGCUGCCCUGCUCGACAGUACUGGCAAGUUCUUUGAGCGAUCCAAGCCACAGUACGAGAACAUGCCCACCAGUGCAUUCAUCAGCGUCAAGAGCUUCGGUGCCAAGGGUGAUGGUGUUACUGAUGACACUGCUGCCAUUCAAAAGGCCAUGAACGGUGUCAAUUCGAACCAGAUUUUGUACUUUGACCAUGGUGCCUAUGUUGUCAGCAGAACCAUCAGCGUUCCCAACACCAUCAAGAUGACUGGUGAGAUCUGGCCUCUGGUCAUGGCUACUGGCAGCUUCUUCAGCAACCCUGGUAACCCUCAACCUGUCUUUGACAUCGGAACGGCUGGCCAGUCCGGGGCGGUCGAGAUUACCGAUCUUAUCUUCGAGACCAAGGGCCCUGCUCCUGGUGCAAUCAUGCUGAAAUGGAACAUGGCUUCGGCACAAGGUGCGUCGGGUAUCUGGGAUACUCACGUGCGCAUUGGUGGAAGUGCAGGCACAGGGUUGCAGAGCGACAAGUGUUCCAAGAAUCCAUCUUCUACUGCUGUCAACACUGGUUGUGAGGGGGCGUACAUGCUCUUCUGGGCCGGUACCAAGUCUGCAGGUGUUUAUCUCGAGAACACCUGGUUCUGGGUUGCUGACCACGAGCUUGACCUCGCCGACCACAACCAAAUCAACAUUUACAACGGCCGUGGUGUCUAUAUCGAGUCUCAAGGUCCUGUCUGGCUCUAUGGUACCUCUUCGGAACACAGCAUCUUCUACAACUAUGAGGUUCGCAACGCGAAGAACGUCUUCAUGGGCAUGAUCCAAUCCGAGACGCCAUACUUCCAGUCCAAUCCCAAGGCGCCCACUCCCUAUGUUCCAGAGCGUCCCUCAGACCCUACCUGGUCGAUCUGCUCUCAGCAGAACCCAUCGGCACCUUGCUACAAGUCCUGGGGUCUUCGCGUCAUCGACAGCACCAAUGUCUUCAUCCACGGUCUUGGUCUGUACUCGUUCUUUGAGAACUACGACCAAGAUUGCGUCACCACAAACAACUGCCAGCAGAACAUGAUCGGCCUCCAGGGUAGCAACAACAACCUCAACAUGUAUGCCGUUACCACAAAGGCUUCUGUCAACAUGAUCACUUUGGACAACGGUGUGUCUGCUGCUCUUGACGCAGACAAUAGAAAUGUCUUUGGUGCCACCGUUGCCUACUACCGCAAGGGCGGUUCUUCAGCACGCGACUGCGAUGACGAGGAUGAAGAAGAAUAA